GCUGAGGUAUUGGCGUCAAGACUUGCCAGGAUUUCUUGUCAUGGUGGUGUGGAGUAAAAACAGGAGAUAUACUGCGAAUCCGAAAAUCAAACAGGAUGAGGUCGAGUCGCCGGCCUAUAAAGUGUUAAUGUGGCACGUUGACAGCGGCGGAAGGAUUCGUGGGCAUUUGUGCGUAGACUGUGAUGUGGUAGUUCCGGCCGGAUUUGGGGAAACCAGCGCGUAAUACAGCGACGGAUGCCGAGCACGAGGCAUGAGCUGGAUAAGCCGGGGAGACUUUAAUUUCUCGACCUGCUACCCCUCCCCACCCCCGUACUCUCGCGUCUCAGUCUCUUCUUCCUCUCGCCUCGCUCUCACGGCCGACACCAGCCCUCGGCUUGCUGCAACGAUCGCGCUGACCUGUACAUAUCUUCUCUUCGUCGUCCCUCUCUCGCCACCGUCUUUUCUGUGCUGUUUUGCCCUUCCAAUUGUGUUCCCUUCCACGCGCCGUCAGUCGCUGGUUUCCCUUAUCGCUGAUUCACUGUGGGGUUUGGGUCUUCCACUAUCUCUGGGUGGGUACAACUUGGCCCGAUCAUCCACUUGCUCCUCAUCACGACAAUCAACUCCCUCAUCACCUCGCUUCUUCCCUAUAUCUCUAACCCUCGACUCCUGCCUUGUCCCAUGCGGUACUGACGCGCUUGUUUUAGUAUAGACUGAUUGAACUUUGGAGCUCGAGUUGAGCAUUUCAUUACAAGCUACCGGGCUUCUACAACGACCAGUCAAAAUAUGCGGCCUUGAUUUCGAAGC